CAUCUUGGAAAGUCUUGUAAGUGUUCAUAACUUAAUACAAAGUUCAUUUCUCCCACAUUGUCUAAGUGUUUACUUUGCUUAGUCUUGCACACUUAGUCUACUUCUAGCAUUCUUGUUCUCUUGUGUUGCUCUUGUUUCCGUUGCCUGAAGACGAGACUGACUUAGAGAGUUCAAGGAGGUGAACAACUCUAAGGCCGCACGGUUGGUAGAGGAGCGAAGUUCUCAUCCCGUGACAAUAUUACCGGGGAAGUUCAAUAGCAUAACUCAGAAAUGUAGACGUCCUCUUUCCCUCUUCUUCUUAGCAACAGGCAAACGUUUUCCAAGUAAUUUUCUUGACGUGUCUUUGGACAAAAGACGAAGACUUUGUUUAUUAUUUUUGGGUCUGGACGAAGACUUGGUGAAUUUCGAGCAAGUUCCUGGUUGGUGGGGAAGAAAAGUAGCAGAGCAUUUGAUCCCCUUUAAAUGACAGCCAUCUGUUCUUGUUACAAAAUUUAACUUACGAUCCUUGGGUUUCAAAGUAAAUUGAAGAGAAAGGAGCUUGAAGAUGACCAGCAACCAAUUCAGCAGCGGUUUGGAAUCGGCGAACUUUCUCUUGACCUCUGAUCCGGUUCACCAGGCUUGGAACGCAAUCGAGAAACAGAAACAGAUCAAUCCGAAUGCAGAGCCAUGUUUGUUUAAUGAAAUCCAACCAGAAAAUCCUACCAUCAUAGCUUUUGGAACUCCACCUAGCUCUCUGCAAGGACAAGAAGCUUUGGUUUCAUCAUCAAGCCUGAAAGAAGACAACUUUGCUCACUUUGAGUUUCUGUGCAACAAAACCAACCCAAAUUUCUCCCUCAACCAAGCAGCAAUCCAACUUUUUAAGUCACAAUACGAUGAGCUACUUCAGCUGAAAGAGAAGUUGGUAGAGAAUAGCAAGAGCAAAACCCCUUCAUUAGUAAUCAUCACUGGACAAUCUGUGGGAGGUAGUGUGGCUACACUCUUCACACUGUGGCUGCUACAAGGCCUCAACUUGUCGAAAGUCAAACGCCCCCUUUGCGUUACUUUUGGUUCUCCUCUUGUUGGAGAUGAACAACUCCGACAAUGUGUGUUAAAGUUCUCAACAUGGAAGUCCUGCUUCUUGCAUAUUGUCUCUAACCAAGACCCUACACCUCAACUAUUUAUAUCGCGUAAUCCUGGUGCUUACAAGCCAUUUGGGACAUUCCUACUAUGCUCGGCUUUAGGUUGUGCUUGUCUUGAGGAUCCGGAUAUCAUUUUGGAACAGUUGGUGAAAACCCACGCCCAAAAUCAAGAGUGCCAUUAUGGAAACAUUUUGAGUGAUCUCAAGUGCAAGGCAUUGUGUAAUUUUUCCAAGUCUAUUGAAGCUAAAUUAGAUUCUUCACUUCAAGCAUGCCUUAUCACACAACUUCAAGCCAUUGGAAUUCUCUCGCAGCAACAGCCAAGUAAGGAGAUUGACAGUCUGAUUGUAAGGAUGAAGAAGCAUGAAACAAAGUUAUUAAUUCAGAAGAAGAAGAACUCGGAUUCGGACAAGAAGUUGAAUGAAAUGAAAGUUCACAUGGCCUUUUUGGAGUGGUAUAAGAAAGAAUCCAGACAACCCAAAGUAGGUGGAUAUUAUGACAAGUACAGAAACCAGGGGCAUAUAAGCGACGUAAAUGUUAAUGAGUUUAAGAAAAAACUCAUGAAUUAUUGGGAGGACUCUGUCACAGAAGUAGAAAACAAGCCCCAGUUAGAAGGAGCUCAUUUUCGGGUUCGUUGGCUAUGGGCAGGCACCAACUACAGAAGGAUGGUUGAGCCACUUCACAUUGCAGACUACUACAAAGAUGGUGGAAAGAGCUACAAAACUGAUGGGAAAAGGCCUAAACAUUUUAUUCUGUUGGAAGAAUGGUUGAAGAAAGUAGACAAACCUCAAGAAGUCCCAAGCAAAUCGAAAAGACAGUCAGUGGGAUCUAGUUUGAAUGAGGAUUCUUGUUUUUGGGCACACGUUGAAGAAGCUCGCAUGUUAUGCAAUCUGGUGAAGAACGGAUCAAUUGAAGAGAAAGAAUGUGCAUUGCAAGAAUUGAAAAAGUUUGAGGCCUAUGUGUAUGGUUCCCUCAAGAAUUAUGCAUUGUCGCCGGAGAUUUUCUUAGAGAAGAGCAGCUUCAUGCAGUGGUUGAAGGAGUACAAGGGAGUUGUUGAGCAACCCUACUCCUCUUUGCUGCUGGACUUCAUGAAAGAGCGCAAUGACCAAGCGUACAAGGAAGGGACAUUCAUCUUUCCAUGAUCCAAAAUAUGAUGUGCUUGUUUGCCAAUAAAACAUGAUAACAUGUAACAUCUUGUGUGGUACUGCUGUUUUUUUUUUUUUUGGUUGUUGUAAUGCUUUCUGUAUUUGGUGUUUGUUCUAGUUUGCUUUGUGUAUGCAGAAAUAAAGUUCAAUUCUUGCAUAUGAGUUCCAUCUUGAUAAAGACUACAUUUUUG